AUGGCCCUGCAAGAAACGGAUCGUGAUUUACAGAAGGAACUGAUACUGGGUGCCGACAUUUUCGAAAAACUGAAAAAACACGAGGUUCGCAUGCACAGUUUUUCUGUGGAUGAGUGA